UUUGCGCUAUGCUCGCACCCUUCCCCACCAUAUCCCGCCCCCCAGUGUCGUCGGCUGCGGUUCCUCCCCACCUCCUUCUGCGCUACGUGCUCUGCGCUCGGAAUCCAGAAGGGGAGACCUCCCUGUAGCUUGUGGUGACUCCAGUGAGACUCAGAUUUGUCUCUGCUAGAAUCUUGCAAUGACAAUUUUUGACGAUGAUGAUGAUGCGGAGCCACAACUGAAAGUCGUUGACAACUACUAUUUUGUGAAAGCCAAGAACGAGUUUGUUUGUUUCAGCACCUUGCCCCUUAAGUUUGAUGAAAAUGAUAAAGUCUCCGGGAAGGGUAUCUACUUGCGUCGAUAUUCCACAGAUGGCGCCCCUGCGGUAUACAAGCAGGUUGUAGCUUGGACAGUAGCACUUAACCGUGAGCAGCCAAAGAUCUCAGUGCUUUCAAGUGAGGGCUAUUGGAUAGAAUUGGAUCUAUUGAAACCACGAAAAAUCUAUUGGAAGUUUGCUCGAUCAGCAUUAACGACAGUUCAAAUGCUCCACUUUGUCAAAAGGCAACCCAGAAAACCGAUGAUAAGUCUUUCUGUUCACCUUCGUGAAGUAUUCAGUAAAUUUGAAACGGAAGAGAUGGAGAAUGCUUUAGGGAAACACCAUCACAUAAUCAAGCGAUGUGCAGAGAGGGAUCCUGCUUUAAUGAGGUCAAAGGUUCUGCAAAGCUUUAUCAAUGACACUUCUGGGAAAUACUUUGAGUGCAUAUUAAGGAGUCUGAGCACCAAGGAGUCAUUCAUUGUUGUUGCUGAGCCUCUUGCAAGUGGGGGUAAAGGCAAUUGCGAUACAGAUAGUGAUGGUAACAUAAUCGGCGAUGAUGGUGAUGGUACUGAGCCAAUAUGUGCAAUAUGUGACGAAGGAGGAGAAUUACUUAGCUGUAAAGGUCGAUGCAAGAGAGCCUUCCAUCCUACAAUAGAAGCUGGCAGAAAGUCUAAAUGUGUAACACUUGGUUACACUGCUGUACAAGUAAAGGAAAUGAAUAAGUUCAUAUGCGAAAACUGUAGAUAUGAACAACACCAAUGUUUCAAAUGUGGAGAACUCGACUCGUCUCAUGAGCCUAAUGCCAAGGUCUUUCAAUGUUGUAAACUGUUUUGUGGCCACUUCUACCACCCCAAGUGUGCUGCAGAAUUACUUCAGUCUGACAGUAAUGGAGCCUGUGAGUUGGAGAACAAGAUUGCAGCUGGGAUGCCAUUUCCAUGUCCUGUACAUUGGUGCUCCAGACCUGAUUGUAAAAAAAUGGAGGAAGGGACUGAAAGAGCAAUGUGGCUUGCUGGCUGCAGACGUUGUCCAAAGUCAUAUCACUUAGAUUGUUUGCCAAGGGAGAUAUGCUUUAAGUAUGGUAACAGGGGUAUACGUGCUUGGUUUCUAUCGGAAAGAAACCUAUCUAAAAGACUCAUCAUUUACUGCACAGACCAUGAGAUAGACCCAGCUAUGGGAACACCUUGCAGGGAUCAUAUAAAGUUCCCUGCUCUUGUAGAAAACAAAGGUCAUGGUUCAACAGAAUCCACAAAGUUUCAGCACUCUGAGGAUUAUGUAUGUUCACCUGGUCCUUCACAAAGAAAGGCAAACACUACAAAAGUAGAGGAAAUUAAAGAAAGGCUUGAAAAGAAGAGAAGGCUUCAGCACAACAAAGAGAUGGGUUCGAGAUUGUCUAUAGAAGGAAAUAAAAACAUCAAGAGAGAUUCAACAUAUGUUUUGUUGGGAUCAUCUCACAAGGCAUCUAGAGGAAACCAUUGUGUAGAAUUUUGAUGAUGGUCCUGAGGACUUUGAAGAUUCCGCCAAACCAGACAUGAAGGAGAGACCAAUACCAGAAGGAGUUUACAACGUCCAUGCAAGCUAAGGUGCCCUUGUCAACUACCUAUAGGGUUAAGACAUGUUGGUUAGCAUUCGAAGACAACUUUGAAGUUUUGAUUCAGACUUGCUUGAUAUUUCGUCCUCGAGCUAUGUUUAUGUUUAAGACUUUGCCAUAACGGCCCUACUUAUGUAGAAGUAUUUGGUAUGUAUGGAUGUAACUUGUGAUACCAAUUUGGUUGUAAUCAUCGACAAACUCGCUAUUGUAUGCAAAUGGGCAGUCCAGUCAGCUAGGUCGGGUCCCUAUACAUGCCUACUAAACCAGUUUGGUUUGACUGAAUGAUCAUGUCGGUUUCAAGCGAUUGUUUGGUGGCAUGAUUUGUUUUGCUAGUGUGUCGAUUUUGUCGUUGGCGAUUAGCAACAAUAAACAUGCUAACGAAUAAGGCAAUUUUUGUGGCUAAAUGCCAUUUUUGUUC